AUGGUUGAGUUCACGGCCGUCGGCGGUGCUAUAUAUUCACGUCAUCUCUCUUCCAUUUCGCUUUUUCUAGGUGCGAAAUUUGGUGCCCGUCAACUCCAGGCUGCUACACUUUCGUUGGCCACGCCCUUUCCCGCCUUGGAUGCGUCAUUCAGGUUGGCUCUUAAGACUACUCCCAUGGUAGUACUCAACCAGGAUUAUGUAUGCACCUUGUGGCCGGUUGGCGAGGUGGGAGGCAAGGGAUGGGUAGCGAUCGCAAAACCAUGGGAUACCCCAUUCUUAGCUAGCUACGGGUUUCCAUCGAUUUAUCAACUGAUAUACACUGCCAUCGACUCAAACCCACGGACUUUUGACUGGGACUCAAGGGCCAACAUCCUUUUGAGUGCUAUUAUCGACUUAAGGUGA